AUGGGCCGGCUGCUGCGGGCCGCCCGGCUGCCGCCGCUGCUGCCGCCGCUGCUGCUGCUGCUGGCCGGGGGAACGUCCCUGGGCACGUGUGCAGCUGGGGCCGAUGAGCCCGGCCCCGAGGGCCUCACCUCCACCUCCUUGCUGGACCUCCUGCCGCCCUCGGGCCUGGAGCCGCUGGACCCGGAGGAGCCCAGCGAGGCCGUGGGCCUGGGAGCCGGCCCGGGAGCCCCUGGCUCGGGCUUCCCCAGCGAGGAGAGCGAGGAGUCCCGCAUCCUGCAGCCGCCCCAGUACUUCUGGGAAGAGGAGGAGGAGCUGAACGACUCCAGUCUGGACCUGGGACCCACCGCAGACUACGUCUUUCCAGACCUGACGGAGAAGGCGGGUCCCGCCGAGGGCGGCAGCCAGGGCCGAGAGGCGCCCAGCCUGCCCCCCCCCCUGCCCAAGAUGAACCUGGUGGAGCCGCCCUGGCACACGGCUCCCGGAGAGGACGAGGAGGAGGAGGAGGAGGAGGACGAGGAGGAGGAGGAGGAGGAGGAGGGGCUGCUGCCCGUGAACGGGCCCCAGGGAGCGGCCCAAACCCCGGUCCACGGCUUCUCUCCCACCGGCAGCAGCCAGGCGCCCGGGGUGGCGCCACGCGGGCACGGGGAACCCGGGGACCCGGCCUCCUCGGGCGUGGAGGUGGGGAGCAGCAUGGAGCCCGGCCUGUCACCGCCUGCGGUCACCCCGAGUCCAGUGACCCUGGGGGGGCAGGACUUCAUGAACCGGGAGGCAGGGGGCGCGGUGCUGCCGGCCACGGGGCGCGGCAUGGAGUUCGAGGCCCCCCCGGAGGCCAGCGAGGAGGCCACCGCGGGAGCCACGGGGCCAGGCGGCGAGCACGAGGAGGCGCCAUCCGCGGCCUCGUUCCCUCAGACGGAAGCUCCCAGUGGGGCCGAGACCCCCGACGAAGACCCGCUUUUCCCCGGAGCCUCAGCCCCUUUCCCGCCAGCCCCCCGCGAACUGGGGCUGACACCCCCCUCUGCUACCUCGGGCCAGGAGGACCGGAGCCCGCAGCCCCAGGAAGGCCAGGCCACCGAGGCCCAGUCCAGAAUACCCUGGGAUUCCGCGCAGGUGAUCUGCAAAGACUGGAGCAACCUGGCCGGGAAAAACUACAUCAUCCUGAACAUGACGGAGAACAUAGACUGUGAGGUGUUCCGGCGGCACCGGGGGCUGCAGCUCCUGGCCCUGGUGGAGGAGGUGCUGCCCCGGCAUGGCAGUGGCCGCCGCGGGGACUGGCACAUCUCCCUGAGCAAGCCCAGCGAGAAGGAGCAGCACCUGCUGAUGACCUUGGUGGGCGAGCAGGGGGUGGUGCCCACUCAGGAUGUCCUUUCCAUGCUGGGCGACAUCCGCAGGAAUCUGGUGGAGAUUGGCAUCCAGAACUACUCCACUACGAGCAGCUGCCAGGCACGGGCCAGCCAGGUGCGCAGCGACUACGGGACGCUCUUCGUGGUGCUGGUGGUCAUCGGCGCCGUCUGCGUCAUCAUCAUCGUCCUGGGCCUGCUCUAUAACUGCUGGCAGCGCCGGCUGCCCAAGCUCAAGCACGUGUCCCACGGCGAGGAGCUGCGCUUCGUGGAGAACGGCUGCCACGACAACCCCACGCUGGACGUGGCCAGCGACAGCCAGUCGGAGAUGCAGGAGAAGCAGCCCAGCCUGAACGGCGGCGGGGCCGUGAACGGCCCGGGGGGCUGGAGCGCGCUCAUGGGGGGCAAGCGGGACCCCGAGGACUCGGACGUGUUUGAGGAGGACACGCACCUGUGAGGGCGCUCGCCCUCCGGCGGCCCUGGCCCGCUGUGAGCCCGCGGCCGCGCCCUCGCUCCGUGGGGACCGCGCCGGGACGAGCGGGGCGGGCCCGGGGCGCACGGCCGCGCCUCCCCUCCCCUCCCGGCCCCGGCCGCUCGCUCCCCCGCCGCCCGGCCCCCCCCCCGGUGCGGGGUCCUCCCGCUUCCCACAGACUCACGGAGCAGUCUCGGCACAGCCCUCCCCAUCCCCACCUGGCGCCCCCCGGAGCCGGUCCCGGAACGGCCCCGCUUCCCCGGCCGCGCCCCGGGACCCCCAUUAAAGCCGCCCGGAGACCACGCCGGGCCCAACCCGUU